UCGCACUGCGGGGCUGCGCACAAGGUCCCCAGCGCGGGAACAGACGCAGCGGGAACCCCGGCUGCGCGCUGGCCCUGACCCCGGCCCGGCCCCUGCCCUGCCCCGCCACGCGCGAUGUCCUGCAGCCUGCGCGCCGCCGCCGCCGCCGCCGUCCUCCUGCUCCUCUGCUUACUGGAACAGCCGGCAGCCCCGGCCCCGCUCCACGGAUCCAAGUGGAGCUAUUUUGGUCCCGAUGGGGAAAAGAGCUGGUCCAAGAAGUACCCGGCAUGUGGGGGUAUGCUACAGUCCCCAAUAGACCUGCACAGUGACAUUCUCCAGUACGACGCCAGCCUUGUGCCCCUGGGGUUCCAAGGCUACAAUGUUUCUGACAACGAGCAGUUUAUCCUGACCAACGACGGCCAUUCAGUGAGGCUGAACCUGACCCCGGACAUGCACCUCCAGGGCCUCCGGUCCCGCUACACUGCCACACAGCUGCACCUGCAUUGGGGGAACCAGAAUGACCCGCACGGCUCCGAGCACACUGUCGGUGGGAAGCACUUUGCCGCAGAGCUGCAUAUCGUCCACUAUAACUCAGACCUGUACCCCAACGCCAGCAGCGCCAGUAACAAGUCAGAGGGCCUCGCCGUCCUAGCUGUUCUCAUAGAGAUAGGCUCCUUCAAUCCGUCUUAUGACAAGAUCUUCAAGCACCUUCAAGAUGUAAGAUACAAAGGCCAAGAGGUGCUCAUUCCAGGUUUCAGCAUUGAAGAGCUGCUCCCUGAGAGGCCCGAUGAGUACUACCGCUACAAAGGGUCCCUGACCACACCCCCUUGCCACCCCACAGUGCUCUGGACAGUUUUCCGGAACGCUGUGCAAAUUUCCCAGGAGCAGCUGCUGGCUUUGGAGACUGCUCUGUACUACACAUACGUGGAUGACCCAUCCCCCAGAGAAAUGGUCAACAACUUCCGGCGGGUCCAGGAGUUUGAGGAGAGGCAGGUGUACAUCUCUUUCCGACAAGUGCAAGACCUUACGUAUGCAGGACUGAGUCUGGGCAUCAUCCUUUCAGUGGUCCUGGCUGGCGUUCUGGGCAUCUGUGUUGUCCUGGCAGUGUCCAUUUGGCUUUUCAGAAGAAAGAAGAGUAGCAAAAAAAGUGACAACAAAGGAGUCAUUUACAAACCAGCCAUCAAGAAGGAGACUGAAGCCCAUGCCUGAGGCCCCAGAAAUUUCAGGCACAUCCAAGGAAGGACUUUGCUUUGGACACUACAUACUGUGGCUCCCUAAACUUUGAAAUACCUAAGGGUUCUCUGAAGCCCAACCCACAAAUGCCCCAGACCCAUGGGGGGUCUGUAGGUGGGUGCCCUGCCAUCCUGAUGCCACAGCCACUGCCAGGACGAUCUGUGGAUGGGAAGAACUCGCUAAAGAGGCAGGAGCUCUGAGCUUUCUGCUUCAUCUGUGUGAGACCAUUAAGUUGUUUAGAUUCUGGGGGGUAUAAACCAAGUCACCCACUGGGCCUGUGAUUGGUCAGAAAACAUUUUCAUCCAGGGAUUCCCUUUAGUGUGGUUUCAAGGAUCUUAGAAAUUCUGCUUCUUGUCCAAGUUUUCAGACCAGAAGUAUACCCUUUGCUUAGAUUUUGCUUCUGAGACUCAGUUUCUUUCCUCAGGGAAGGGAGGGGGGGGGUUGUUGUCUUCCUCUGAUUCCUUCUGCUGUGACAAAACUUAUGGUCUGACCUUACAACUGGGAGGAAGAAUGAUACAGGAAGGUUCAAGGUAUCAGAGACAAAAAGAAAACAAAAGAUAUUCUUUGAAACACAGUAGAGGCAUAUCCAAAGUCCUGUCCUUUGGAUCAAAAGCACUGAAUGGACUCGAGAUAGAGAGACUGAGAAGACACAUAAGGUCUGGAGGAACUCACUUUGGAGUCAAAACUGGAGUCAGAAGUUGUCUGUCAAGUCACAAGCAUGAGGACAACAGAAUAUUAAGCCCAAGCCCAACCUCCUGUCAGCAGCGCAAUUAUGCUUUGUACUUUACAGACUUGAUAAAUGAUCAGGCUAUUCCUUGAAAAGCAUUGUUGCUUUCUCUAUCCUAGAGUAGACAUGAGUUCUGAGAUGACCCAAACCGCUUUUGAAUCUAGAGGGAAUAGGCAGAAGUAUAAUGACUGAAGAGCUUUGUCUGUGGCCCAGAUUUCAUUUCGGCCACUUCUGUGGUGUCCCUACUGCCAAUGUGGAAUCGAGACGUCCCUACUUCCCUGACUUGGAGGAUGUUGAGUCACAGCUUGCUUGAAAUCUGUUUCAAGAUAUGAAAGCAGGAAGUUAUCUGUGCAGGGUGGGGACAUCAUGGUAUUUAGGGACCAAUAACAACGGAAUGCUACAAAGAUACUUCAUGGUCUUCUACCUGAGUCACAGUUUCUGUGAAGGCUUAACUCUUUCAUUGAUGCAAGGGCCCCGUGAAGACCAGUUAGUUCCAUGACUGAGGAGGAGCCUCCACUACCAACUUCCAACCUCUCUCAUGGCCAGCACUUUGCAGUUCAUGGAGAACUUUCUGAUUCCUGGUCUCAUUUUGACAGCACGGAAUGUCCUAUCAAAGCACAAGUUUCUUUAUAACAUAUUUUUCCUUCUACUCCUCCCUCUCACUCUGAGAACAGUCUUCUCCCUUCUCUACCAUCAUGACUUUUUAUAGCGGUGGCAAGCCCCCCAAGGCUUUGUAGUGAGUUUGCUAAACCGAGUUACAGAAGGCCUAAUGAACACUCAGACGUGUGUGUGCACGAGGUCUUUGACAGCCUGGGAGUCUGGGUGGCAUCCUCACCUUGCCUUUAGCAUGCCUGAUGCUGACCAAAUGACAGCAGGGAGAAGCCUCAUGACAGAGCGACCUGAAUUAGAUGAUGCUUCCUUGGACUUGGCCCAAAGUUGCCCAUCAGAAACCAACAUAAAUUACUCCAGAGCCCUGGGACUAUCUACCUUUUAUGGGCAAUUCUUGCAAGAGAACAAAGAGAUCAUUGUACCUGAUGCAACGGCUAUUCAUAAGAAGGGAGACUAACUAGGCCAUGAAAACAGUGGCAUUUUCUCCUGCCCUGUGGCCAAGAUAAAGCAAAGCCAGGGAGGCAGACAGAAAGCUCCAAGAAUCAACACUGUCAGCUUCCUUGCUAAUCAUUAUGGGGCUCCUAGGGUCCAAGCUUAGGACGUGGGAAGCCUUUGCUCAGCUUCUCACUCAUUCCACUGACAUCAGUCACCACUGAAGGAAACCAGCACUGUGGUGUGUGAAUUUCCUGUCUCACUCAAAUCCCCUGGAGGGCCCAGGUGCUGUACUGGGUGCACUACAGGUAGAGAUCACAAAGACAAGGCCCGUGUGGGAAAAGGACAGGGAAGGCUCUGGUUUCUUUGUUUCUUACUAAUGGGACAGCUUGAGUCUUUUUGUUCUGUUUCUUUAGGAUCAUUUGAUAAAAAUAGUAAAAACUUACACCUAUUUCCUUAAUAGAUAUCCUAGGAUUUUGCUGCAUUGACUAUUAAUCCCAUUUCAAGUUCAGACCUUAAGUUCUUCUCCCCUUCACUAAACUCUCUGAAGGCCACCACUGGGAAGCACUGGGGUCUGCAGCACUCCUCUGUCCCUGUGCCUUGGAUGGACCAUAGGCCACUGUGAUGAUGGUCUCUUUAGCACUUCUAUAUUUAUUGUAAGAAUGAUUGUAAUAAAGACAUAAACUGUAAAUAUGAGAAAUUAUAAAUAAAAUGUUUUUCACAACAGA